AUUGUCGAUUGUCGCCAUUGUGCUUACCGAGCGGCGGACGCGCGAGAACCGCUAGCCGAUACAUAUUCGCACACGCGUUAUCGAUAACACAAAUCGCAUAGAUCGAUCGUGUGAAUGCGAUUAAUGUAACCGUUGUAAUUAAUCUUAUGUUUACAAUUUUCGAAUUUGGAACAGUGUUGUUAGUGCAGUGCCGGCGGGACUGGUUUAGUUUUUUUUUACAACGUGUUUUUAAGAAAACAUCGUGGAGCUUGACUUACACCAACGUGCCAGCGGUCACUUCAUGAGUGCCGCUGGUGCGAUGUGUGACCGGACCAGCUUCGGCGGGUCCAUGGGUCACUUCCCAAUGGGCCACAUGUCCAUGGGUGCAAUUGGGACCAUGAGUUCCAUAUCGGCCAUGAACGGGCAGGUGCAGCAGAAAAAAGCUCAAGAGGAACAUAUAAAGAGGCCCAUGAACGCUUUUAUGGUGUGGUCACGGUUACAAAGGAGGAAAAUCGCACAAGAUAACCCCAAGAUGCACAAUUCGGAGAUUUCUAAGAGAUUAGGGGCAGAAUGGAAGCUGUUAACAGAAGAUGAAAAGCGGCCAUUUAUAGACGAGGCCAAGCGACUCCGGGCUAUGCAUAUGAAGGAACACCCAGACUACAAGUACCGGCCUAGAAGGAAACCGAAGACCUUGAGAAAAGAGGGCUAUCCGUAUUCAAUACCAUACCCCAGUGUGCCGAUGGACGCCUUGAGAGCUGGCAUGGCGGGUGGCGGCAUGGGUCAAGCGAUGGGGGGCUAUUACGGGGCCGCGUAUGGUCCCCUCGGAGCCAGCAUGGCGGCGGCCGCGGCGGCGGCGGCACAACAGAAUGCCAUAUCGGCUGCACUCACACCUAACGCUCAGAUGAGCUCGUCAAUGGACAUGUCCAAGUACUCAAUAGAAGCUGAAAAGUACAGGAGUUACGGCAUGUACCCUGAUCCAUCACGAGGAUACCUGGACUCGGCGGCGCUCUCCAAAGCCUACAUGUACAUGGACCAGCAGCAACAAAGGUCCUAUCCAAUGGACAUAAGCAAGAUGUAUACCGAAGCGUCAGCCGCUGCGAUGGCAGGACUGAGUUCGGCCGUCAACUCCGCGCCAUCUAGUCUAUCCCCGCGCUCCCCAACUGAAUCCCCUGAUGUGACACCCAAAAACCAGGACAGACCUGAGGGCAGCACGUCCUCUGGGUCAAAUCCGUCACCAUCGCUUCCUUACUACCAAGGAUCAUCAAGUCUUUUAAUGCCUCAGUACCCUGGCCAGUAUACCCAGGGGGCGCAAGGUGGAUCAGAAUUUCGAAGGCCACUGACUGUCAUAUUCUGACCUGAAGCUUAGUUUGACUGUUAAUUUUUAAUUGUUUUACACUUGUGAAAAUGUAACUCCAUAUUAUCGUUUUAUUAGGGAGAGUUCACAAUGGUCUUUCGUCCGCUGCGAUUUUUCUGUAAUAAACGUGCGAUUCAAACGUACCUACUGCGAUCAUGGCUUGAGUUAACUUGGCUUCAAAUGUAUGAAUAUGUACUGAAAAACAGUCUAUCGAAGUGACAGGAAUUUAUAACAGGAAUAAAUAUGACUACGUUUUGCUUAAAAUGUAAAA